GUGGAGAAGUGCCCAUGUGUUUUUAGCAUCUACCAAUGGUGAACAAACAUGAAUUUGUAAACUGCAGGACCAAUAACAUCUGUAAAAACAUGAGCUUGAACACGGAGCCCUCGACAGCAGAGGCAACAUGCAACAGAAGGAAAAGAAAGAACAUCGCCUCCACAGCACACGAGGAGGCCAAGAGAUUAAAAACUGUGCAGGGAGCAGAGGAGACGCAGGACUGUGGACGUUCCUCUCGCUCACCCAGAAUCUCUGUGCUGCUCGACCGCCUUCAACAACCAAUUACACCGAGUGAGCUGACAGAACUGCUGCAUUAUGCCGCUCUGGGGAAAACCGGUGGCAUUAAACAGCCCAGUUGGUGUCGUCUGCACCAUCAGAAGAAGGUUAAAGCUGUGAAUGUGGUGAUCGUGGAGGGCGUGACCCAGAGUCUCUUCUACAAACACUACGUCACCCUGCGACACCUCAGGACCAACUACACCACUAGACUCACCUUCACUGCAUCAUCUACCGACCUGGCGUCAGGAAUCUUCAGCGGUGAAGUUUCUAAAUCGGACGAUCCUUCUGUUUCCCAAAGACACAACGGAAGCAGUGAAUUGCACAAAGCACUGAGGAUUCACCCAGUAAUCGGCAAGUUUGGGACUCAGAGGAAAGGACUGACGGCGUAUGUUCUCCCCGCGGAGGAGCUGAUCAAGAGACACUACCCUGUCAAAGGAAUGCCCGGCUUUGAGGAGUUUGUGUGCACAGACUGUGUCGACUGCUUGACUGACAGCAGCCCUCUGUUUGGACUUGACUGUGAGAUGUGUCUCACAGAAAAGGGAUACGAGUUGGCUCGUGUUUCUCUGGUGGACAGUGAUGGGAAAUGUGUGCUGGACGAUCUGGUGAAACCUCAGAACCGAAUCCUCGACUACCUCACCAGGUUCUCUGGUAUCACUGCAGCGAUGUUGCAACCAAUCACAACGACCCUGCGCAAUGUUCAGGUGAAGCUCAGGGCGUUGUUGCCGAGCAACGCGGUUCUGGUGGGACAUUCUCUCAACAACGACCUCAUCGCUCUGAAACUGAUCCACCAGCAUGUGAUCGACACCUCACUGCUGUACAGGAGAGAGUUUGGACAAAGGUUUAAACUGAAGGUCCUCGCUGAGACAGUCCUGAAUCGGCAAAUUCAAACUGAAGAGAAGAUGGGUCAUAAUCCCAUUGAGGACGCUGUUGCAGCCCUGGAGCUCGCUCAGUACUUUAUAAAAACAGGACCUCGUCAGGUUGUAGAGCUUCAUCUACAGGAGCUGUGGGGAUACACGAUACUGGAGGAGUCCUCCGACUGUGAACCUGCACCCACACCGAGUCUCAGGUUUGCUGACGUACUCCGGACACUCGGCCGGUCUGUCGCCUUUUUAGGAAGGCGUUCUGACAUCGCCCUGGAUCUGUCCAAUCAGCAGUGGCACAACUCUGACAAAGAGGCGUUGGCCUCUUUCCGGAGACAGAACAAGCGUCCGUUCCUCUCAGUGCUCCAGUUUUCUUCCCUGUCGGACCAUCUGAAGAAGUGCUGCCGUCAUCGGGAGCACCAGAGGGUGUGUGCAAACCUUCGGGAUACGUGUGUAGUGUUCGCCGGGCCGUUCCCUGCUGCUUUCUCCGAGAGGGAAGUGAGGCGGCUGUUUAGUUGCUGUGGACCGGUUCGAAAUAUCAAAAUCUUGAACGCGACUGUCAGGGUUCAUGCAGAGGUAGAGUUUGAGCGGCUGGAAGGAGCGCUGCUGGCUUUAAACACUUUGAAUGGACUUGACUUGCAGGGACAGUCCAUCAAGGUCCAGCGUCCUGUUAACGAGUCAACGCUGGACGUGGAUCUGACUCUCGAGGCUUUGAUGUGCGACCACACCAGUCACCUCUACGCUCUGAAAUCAACCUCCAGCAUUGCUGAGGGCAUGCGCACUUCUGCAAGGGUCAAUGGACAUACGUCGGAUGCCAAAUGUUCCGUUGUCACUUCUGUUAAAACAGUAAACGGUCAACGGGCGCAGGCAAAGUCUAAACUGUGUGAGGAGACGGUCAGAGAGACAUUUGGUCACUUUGGUACGGUGGAGAGAGUCGACCUGCUCCCCAAAGCUGGAAAACACACAAGACAUGCAUAUAUAAAGUUUGAGAGCUCAGAGGGCAAACAUGCAGCUCUCAGCUCCUCUGAGGAUCUCAGGAAGGAAAACUACUUUGUCUGUCCAUCGCUAACUCCACCCCACUUACCCUCCUGGGCUGCACUGACAUCACCCGUCACCUCGGUGGAUCCUGACAUCGAAGACGAGGAGAGGACCCACAUGCGCACGAGCUCUCAGGAGCAGGAGGUGGAUCUGGUGAUGGGGAAGCUGGACCGUCGCCUACAGAAGCUCUUUACAUUUCUCCCAGAAGGCACCUUGUCUGUGGUCGUGCUGCUCGGACACACCAGCGCUCGUGGCGACCUUCCUGGUUUGUGCCUGAUGGAGGUCAAGCGAGGGUCUUGAGGAGAAGAGUGGGAGGGAUUAGAAACCUGCACUAUAAAAACAUCUGCCAGUCCAAUGAUGCCUCCUCCUCUGUGGAUUAAGUGAAAUCAAUCAAGAUAAAUCGAAUAAUUAAAAAAUAAAUCACCGCAGACUAAAACUUUCCUAUUUGGCAAAAUGGAUUUAAAAGGAAAGUCAAAUACAGAACUUGUAAAGUAUUUUUUAAGGCCUGGAAAUAAUUAAAGCUUCAAAUUAAUCUUUGUAUUUUUGUAAUUAAUAUUUGCCUUUCUGUACAAAAUGAUUUACUUGUGAUCAGAUACAGUUUGUUCUCCUGGUUCUACAGUCUCCUCUUCAUUAAAGGAGACUGAACCCCAAGACGGAGAGUUACAAACAUGUCAGUUAUUCAUUAAAAAGUAAUUUUACCACGACUACUUUUAACUAGCAGUAUUUACCGUACAGGAUCUAAGCAUUUGGGCACUGUACUAUUACAUUUAUUUUAAUAUUAAACGUCUUUUCGUUGUUAUUCCGUGAAUAAUAUCUAUUUCACAAGACAUUUUGUUCCAUGCAUGCACAAUACCAGGAUACUGAAACAAAUGUUCAGCCAUCGCACGUUUUUAUAUUUCUGACACGUGCGCUUUCUCUGGUGACGAGUCAAAAUAUCUGUGAAAAAGGACGGCGGUGUUACAUUUACGUGGAAGUCAAACUGUGUGCUGAGACUAAUUGGGGAUGGUAGACCUAAGUGUAAACAUCUUGAAACAAUACAAGUGUGUAUACACACACACACACACUGAUUACCUGUUGAUUACUGUAGUCAUUGCAACAGGACUUAAAUCAAAUCAUAUAUUCACUUGUGUAGUAAUAAUAAUAUGAGCCGUGUGUCUACAGUCAGACUGUCGUGGGUGAUUAAUAUAUGAAAGCAAUUCUGCUUACCGCUAUAAAUGUUUUAAAAUAAUUUAUUUGCUUUCAAGUCUGUUUUACACCACCGGGGGUUGUAGCUGAAAGAAUAAGAUUAAAAUAUAAAUAUGCACAUCAUAAUUUCCCUAAGAGGAUGAAUAAAGCAUCUUAUUCAUUUAAUGGAAUAAACAAAUGUAAUUAUAGGAAGUGGCAGUGAUUCAUUUUAUUUACACUUCAGAGAGUUACCAGCUGCCCUUCCUGCAUUCAGCCGUGUUACUUUCACUGUUUAACUUCCUCAUGUCUAAUAUUGUACUUUACGCUAAGUUUGUUGAAUAUGACGCUCUGCUG